GGAGACUUCUUGAACUUGCAGGCAGAAUAAUUUGCGCUCCCCAUUUCGCGCUGGUGUUUCUGUCCCGGCGGGGCCAGCCUCUUUGCUCUCGAACCUCGCCGCCGCUUCACUCUUACCGGGCUGGUCUCCCAGACGCCGUUCCCAGCGCGGAAAGGGGGACUGACCGGCCGGCGCUCGAGAGGAAGAAGAGGUGGUAAAAAAGCAAGGGAGCGGACACCGGGUCCUCUCGCCAGGUCCUUUGGCCAGAGUUUUUUCCAUGUGGAGACUCUUUCAAUGGACGUGUCCCCGCGUGCUUCUUAGACGGUCUGCGGUCUCCUAAAGGUCGACCAUGGUGGCCGGGACCCGCUGUCUUCUAGCGUUGCUGCUUCCCCAGGUCCUCCUGGGCGGCGCGGCCGGCCUCAUUCCUGAGCUGGCCCGGAGGAAGUUCGCGGCGGCGUCGGGCCGUUCCUCUUCCCAGCCCUCGGACGACGUCCUGAGCGAGUUCGAGUUGCGGCUGCUCAGCAUGUUCGGCCUGAAGCAGAGACCCACCCCAAGCAGGGACGCCGUGGUGCCCCCCUACAUGCUGGACUUGUACCGCCGGCACUCGGGCCAGCCAGGAGCGCGCGCUCCGGACCACAGGCUGGAAAAAGCUGCCAGCCGAGCCAACACGGUGCGCAGCUUCCACCACGAAGAAUCUUUGGAAGAGCUUCCAGAAACAAAUGGAAAAACAGCCAGGCGGUUCUUCUUUAAUUUGACAUCUAUCCCCACCGAGGAGUUUAUAACUUCAGCAGAACUUCAGGUUUUUCGGGAACAGAUGCAGGACACUUUGGAAAACAGCAGCAGUUACCAUCACCGAAUUAAUAUUUAUGAAAUUAUAAAACCUGCUCCAAGCAUCUCGGAAAUCCCCGUGAUCAGACUUUUGGACACCAGGCUGGUGAAUCAGAAUGCAAGCAGGUGGGAAAGCUUUGACGUCACCCCCGCCGUGACGCGGUGGACCGCACAGGGACACGUCAAUCAUGGCUUUGUGGUGGAAGUAACCCACUUAGCGGAGAAUCAGGGUGUCUCCAAGAGACACGUUAGAAUUAGCAGGUCUUUGCACCAAGAUGAACAUAGUUGGUCACAAAUACGGCCAUUGCUAGUAACUUUUGGCCAGGAUGGGAAAGGGCACCCCCUUCACAGAAGAGAAAAGCGGCAAGCAAAACACAAACAGCGGAAACGCCUGAAGUCCGGCUGUAAGAGACACCCUUUGUAUGUGGACUUUAGUGACGUGGGGUGGAAUGAUUGGAUCGUGGCACCACCGGGGUAUCAUGCCUUUUAUUGCCACGGGGAAUGCCCUUUUCCUUUGGCUGAUCACCUGAACUCCACUAAUCACGCCAUUGUUCAGACAUUGGUCAACUCGGUUAACUCUAAGAUCCCUAAGGCGUGCUGUGUCCCAACAGAGCUCAGUGCUAUCUCCAUGUUGUACCUUGAUGAAAAUGAAAAGGUUGUAUUAAAGAACUACCAGGACAUGGUUGUGGAGGGUUGUGGGUGUCGUUAGCACAGCAAAUUAUAUAUAUAUAUAUAUA